AUGGAAGUUUUGCCAGAAACAAACCAAGUAAUAUCAAAUAAUACUUUGAUGGAAAUAUUAGAACCCACUGACUGUCCUAACAGUUUUACAGAUGAUUGUUUAAGAGAAAAUACUACUGCUGGUCCUUCAAAUUCCCCACAGAAUAAUUUUCCGCCAACUGAUAUUGAUAAACUAUUAGUAAAUGUGACACCAGAUUCUAACACGGUAGAAGUUGAUGACAGAGCUGAUUUUGAUGAUUCGGAUGCAGACCCAACUUAUACUCAGGACUCCUCUGAUAACCAAGCAACUGAUAAAAGUGACGAUGAGUGUAAAUCAUCUCAAUGGCAACAAAGUAAUCCUGAAAAAUGGAAAAAGGCAUUCGAAAGAAACUCUGUAAACAAGGGAAGCCCCAUGUUAUCUCUAGGGGAAAGAAGAAUUUGCAAAUCUUUUUUCCUGAAGACUUUGGAUAUAAGUUCUGGUCAUUUGACGACUGCCCUUGCAGAUACUGAUUCUGGAACAUUUCCAGGCGAUGAUAAACGUGGUAAACAUCCAAAAUACAAUAAAACUUCUAAUGAAUAUGUUACACUGAUUAAAGAACAAAUUGAAAGUUUUCCAGAGUCGCAUUACACCCGUUGCGUCACUAAACGAAAAUAUCUCGAUCAGAAGCUGAAUAUUCUCAAAAUGUACAGCUUGUAUAAAGCUAUCAUCCUUAGAUCCUAUUGUACAAGAGGUUUCUUUAUAUUCCGAUACAUGGUCAUUCCAAAAGAAUUACACUCGUGGUAUAAAUCACUACCAACUAGCAAUCAGGCCAAAGAUUCUGUACCUGAACCUGCUCAAACAGAUUCUGGUGAAGAUGAUGAUGAAAGUGGAUCUGGUAGCGAUAGUAAAUCGGAAUAA